GGAAUUUACCCCUCAAAUAUUCUGAUGGAAAACUGUCAGACAGUGCACCAAAUAUGCGGAAAUCUUAUAUCCCAGCACACUACUGCUCAUACUCUCCCCCAGUAUCAGAAUAUCGGUAUUUUACAAUAGAGCGCAUGUGAUUGUUCUUUUAAUCAAGAAACCCUCUCUAUCCCUCAGAUCUUCCCAAUUUUUACAGUUUUUUAUUACACAAAAAGAGCGUAUGUGAUUUCCCACCCUAAAUACUCCUUCCAUUUUGUCAUUGCACGAGGUCUACAUAUUUUCAAUUCAAGGGAGAAAAAAAGGAGUAAGGAUAAACGGAGAGUCGGAGACUGAUUCUUGGAACAAAGAGAUUGGAAUUACAGAUUAUGGGAAGGAGUCUAAGCCCAAUACUUCGGAGGGAGUUAGAGAAUCUCGACAAGGAUGCUGACAGUAGAAGAUCAGCCAUGAAAGCGUUGAAAUCAUUUGUGAAAGACUUGGAUUCCAAAGCAAUACCUCUGUUUCUUGCUCGUGUUUCUGAAACUAAAGAAAAUGGGACAUCAUCUGGCGAGUAUACGAUUUCACUAUACGAAGUUCUUGCUCGUGUCCAUGGACCCAAUAUAGUCCCUCAAAUAAAUAACAUCAUGACUACCAUCAUUAAGACAUUGUCAUCGAGUGCGGGAUCCUUUGCUCUUCACCAAGCUUGUUCAAAGGUUGUUCCAGCAAUUGCAAGGUAUGCAAUGGACCCAGCAACAGCAGAGGACAAGAAGAGAUACAUCAUCCACUCUCUCUGUAAACCCCUAUCGAAUUGUCUUUUGGCUAGCCAAGAUAAUAUAUCUUCUGGAGCUGCUCUUUGCUUACAGGCACUUGUGGAAUCUGAUAAUUGGCGAUUUGCUUCAAAUGAGAUGGUGAAUGAGGUUUGUCAGAGAGUUGCGGUGGCUUUGGAAAAACAUACACAGACCAAUUCACACAUGGCCUUAGCGACAGCUUUGGCCAAACACAAUAGCUUGACUGUUGAAGCUUAUUCAAGACUGUUGGUAGUGUCAGGAUUGCAAAUCCUGAAUUCUGGUUUUGUAGAGGGAAAUUCUCAAAAACAGUUCUCAGCAAUUCAUAUGGUGAGUUCUCUGAUGAAAUGUCUGGACCCCAAGAGUAUAUUCUCUGAAUUGGAUUUGAUAAUAAAGGAAAUGGAGAAGUGCCAGUCUGAUCGAAUGCCCUUCGUAACAGGGGCUGCUUUUGAAGCACUGCAAACAGCAAAAAGACUUUGUGCUGAGAAAGGCUCAAAGCUCGAAAGGGAUGUGGGUUCAAUUACUGGUUCAAGCUUUGAAAGGAGAGAGAACAUCCGGAGGAGGAAUGUGCGUGGUUCCGGAGGACAAUCGCCUCUCACUGCAUCACCUGAAUCACAAACUGUAGAUUCUGCUUUUGAAUAUGAUUAUUUUAUGGAAUCGCCCAUUUCAAUGAAUCAAGACCCUCAACUCGGGUCUCAUGAUAAUAGGAGUGUGAACCGUAAACUUUGGAAAAGGCAUGAGAAUGGUGGCUUAGAUGUAUCUCUUAAAGAUGGAAUAUUUUCAGAGAUAAUUCCAAGAAGUGCCAUCAUAAACUCUGAGCAUGGUGAAUUUUCUGAUAACCAUGGAGAUUAUUCUGAAACUUUUGCAGGGUUCGAGCCAGGAAAUGCGGAAAAUGGAUUUGUUAGAAGCUCCACUCCCAGUCCUCAGAGAUCACGGUCUCGCAUCGAUAUCAAUAGUGUGAAGAUCUUCACUACUCCAAGAAAGCUCAUUCGUUCACUUCAGGAUCCAAAUGGCACGAUCUCAGACUUCUCAGAGAGACAAACCAGAAGGUUUGGAAGUCCAUUCUCGAGUAAAUUUGAGUGGACUUCUACAUCAAAGCAUGUACAAAAUGGCCACGCUCAAAGCAUGAACUGUUACCUCGAAAAGGGCAAAAAUUUCUUUCCCAGUGGGGAACAGUUUCAUGGUAAAACAGAAUCGGUAUCUUCAACAGGAGAUGUGCUUCUUGAUGCAGAUUCACAAAUAUCCCAAGAGGUAGCUUUUGGAAAUCAAACAGGUAAUCAAAGUGCCAAUAUUCAAAAAGGACAAAGAAAAUCUGGUCGCAGCAUCGUGGGAUGUCUUCUUUUAGUUCUAUUUGCAGUAUUUUUAUAUUUUUUGGCGUUUGAUAAUCAGGACAAUAGCCCUGUUCUUGUUCCCACCUAAAAUGUCUUGCUGAAGUUAAUGAUUUGAUCAAUUUCAAAAACCUUGGAUCAUAGUUUGAGAUGCUACACACAAGAUUUACGUACUUUAGAAAUUUAAAUCUUAUUAACUUGAACUUGGGAUAUUCUGUUUGGUAGGAUAUUUGGUGUUCCAGUAGUCCAGUUUUUUUGCCCUAUUGCGAAGUUUCUGUAGAUUCUACGCAUGUGAGAAGGCAAAAAUUUCUAGAUA